AUGGGGUCGGCAGCAUCGACCAGCAGCCCAGAACCUGAGGAGACAAUCGCUGUCUACGAUCGCAUAGCAACAUACUUGAAUGAGAAACCUUUGAAGAUGGCUCAUAUGUUAAAAACUACUAAGCUAAUAAAUGACUGCACUUCUGCAGAGAAAAUUAUGCUAUAUGAACACGGGAUAAUACACAUCAUAUGUGAACUGAUAGCGGAUACGUGUAGUUUUUGUUCGAGCAGCAGAACGGAAGCAGAAGAAAGGAGACGUCGACAGAGGCGAAAUUCCAAUAGCUCGGCUAUACAUAGAGGCACUGGGUACGGUUACGGCUCAACACGAUCUCGAUGGGAUAUCGAGAGAACGGUCGAGGAACGUUUGGCAAGGGAAGAGCAACUCACAUGGCUACUUAAUGCACUAAAUGCUUUUCUUUAUUGUACCUCGCCUGAUUUCACUGCAAAACGCGAUCCUAUUGACUAUGCACAUGUAUCACCUACUGUUGUUCAAGACAUAGGACAUUCAGCUGUAAUUGUUCUUUUGGAAUAUCAUCUGAAAAAUGACAGUCUGUUCGACGCCUUGUUGGAGACUGCUGCAUCACUGGCCAGUAUACCAGCGUUUAUCCCUUACCUUGUCAAACCAUAUACAAAAGGAGCAAAAUCCAUUGCCAAAGAGCUUCUAGUACCAUUUAAGGAAAGGUGGGAUCCAGUGGAACAUUUUAAUUACCGUUUUUAA